CCCUAUUUUGGCAACUGAACUAACUAACCGUCCAAAUCGAAACCCUAACCUAAAUUCCCAAGAAGAUCUCUAUCCUUCCACUCUUGCCUUUCCUACUCUUUCUCCCUCUCCAUCGGUCCCAUCUGCUUGCCUUCGACUCUCCUCUCCGGCGGCCGCUCUCCCUCGCUGUCGUAAAUCUCCCCUCGUCUCAAUCAGUCGUGACUGCCUUCUUCACUGCGUCUCAGUUGCGGCGGCUUCAGUUGCGCGGCGGAGCACAGAUAGAAGAGCUCGUGGAUCCCCUCGCCGUCUCUGGUAAUUUUUGGUUGAGUUCAAUGUUUGUUGAAUUUACAUUAGUGAAAAGCUCGUUUCUUUGAAUCAAAUUAUGUUAUUUCAUUUUGAUGGCAUUUGGAAGGGUAAUGGCUCGUAAUGUUCCAAUGUAGCAUCUAGCGAUAGAGUUUAGUAUAGGCGAAGCUGACCUUUUGGGACUGAAUCAUUCUGUAUGAGAUAAAUGUGAUGUCUUUGUGAGUUUUUGUAUAGGGGGAUUAGCCUUGUGAUUGUUGGAUCCUUCUAUGACUAUGCUAAGAUGAUUAUGUCUUGCUUGCAGGUUACUUUUGAGCUUCUGUUGUGGUGCUGAGAUUUCCAUCCGCUCCAUCCAGGGUACAUUACUGCAGAUAUGCACGCCAUUCACCGCGUAAUAUCUCGGCUAUCCUCAACUACGCUAUGCAAUAGUACACCUGCAUCGAGAUUUCUAAAGGAAACAAGUGCUACCUCUGCAUUGGGUACUGAAGCAAGCCAAUACAUUAGGGCUCUUGGCUUUUCUUCACAGUCGGGCAGUGGUGGUGGAAAUGAAGGAACAAACGAAUGGGAAAAUAAUGCAGCAGGUGGUUCGUCCUUCGGUUCGACCGGGUCUGAUGAUCUGGGAUGGGACUCUGUUUCAUCGUGGUCAACUGGAUUGACCAAGGAUCAUUUUGAUGGUGAGAUGGUGGGUAAGAUGGCAAGUCCUGCUGGCGAGGGAAACACAGCUUCUCAAUCCUUGAAGAUAUCUGAGUUGCAGGAUGUUGAUGAUAAGUUAAACGAACUCGAUGAUGCGAACAAAAAGGGGAAGGCUUAUGUUAAUGGAUGGGUGGAGAGAUUACGUGAGAUUAGUGGGUUGCUGAAGCAAGUGGAGGAGCCUGGUGCUAGAGGAUCUUACCUUAAGGAUUCAGAGAAGACAGAGAUGUACCGGUUGCACAAGGAGAACCCUGAAGUGUACACUGUUGAGAAGCUUUCCAAGGACUACAGAAUCAUGAGGCAGAGGGUGCAUGCCAUUCUCUGGCUCAAGGAAGAGGAGGAAGAGGAAAGAAAGCGUGGUCGCAUCCUCGAUGACUCAGUUGAACUUUUGCUUGAUACCUGCCCAGAAUUUUUCAAUUCCCAUGACCGGGAGUUUCAUGUUGCAUCUCUUCCUUACAAACCCGAUUUCAAGGUGAUGCCCGAGGGUUGGGAUGGUACCACUCGGGAUCCAGACGAAGUCCACUAUGAGAUAUCCAUGAAAGAGGAUGAAAUGCUGUACCAAGAGUUUGUCCAGAGGAUGGAGUUCAACAAAAUGAAAAUUGCUGGGAAGGUGAAAUGCCACAAGUAUAGCCGGCGCCGCCCAUCUGAAGGGUGGAACUUCACGGUAGAGAAAAUGGGGGCCCAAGGAAAGCGUGGAGGGGGCGGUGGCUGGAAGUUCGUAAGCUUGCCAGAUGGCUCGAGCCGACCUCUAAACGAGACGGAGAAAGUAUAUGUUAAGCGAGAGACUCCACGGCGGAGGCGCAAGAUUUUCCCAUGAUUUGAUGAUCAUCAGAUCUUGUACGGCAAGGGUUAUCGAUUAGGAGUAGUCAGAAGAAGUCUCCAGUGAUAGGAGAUUGAGAUAACCACUCUGUAUAAUAAGAAUGAAGGGACAGC